UGCAGCAAUUUUGUCAUCCCUACCUGUACAUUACAUUAAUAUGGCAUCAGACAAAAGCAUACAAUCAUCUUCAGAUCCACCAGUGAGCAUCAAAGAAAAAGCAGGAAAAUGAUGGUGACAGGGGUAUUUUUGUGUUUUUUGUUGCUUGCUCUGCUGAUUCUCUUCUUCCUAAAAGAACUCUGGUACCGAAGACAUUUGCCACCUGGUCCUUUGGCUCUGCCUCUGAUUGGAUCUGCCUUGGCAGUUGGGCUUUGGCUCCGUGAAGAUUACUUCCUUAAGCCUGCAAAACAAUAUGGAAAUAUAUACUCCAUUUCGCUUGGACAUCGCUUUGUAGUAGUGCUGUCUGGAUUCAAAACUGUGAAAGAAACAAUGACCAGCUUCCCAAAAGAAUUCUCUGAUCGAUCAGAUGAUGCUUUCUUCACUGCUUUAGGGAAAGAAAGGGGAAUUAUGUUCUCCAAUGGCCACACCUGGAAACAGCAGCGACGGAUUGGCAUCAGUUCUCUGCGGAAGCUGGGCCUAGGGAAGAAAAGCCUUGAGCAUCAAAUAGAAGACUCAGCUCAGAUGUUGGUGGAGCUCUUUAGACAAACAAAAGGACAGCCCUUUGACCCUUCAAUUCCAGUAAUAAAUGCAGUUUCUAAUGUCAUAUGUGCUUUGAGUUUUGGGCAUCAGUUUGCCCCUGAAGAUGAAAACUUUCAGAAGUUAAUUCAAGCCCUUCAAAGUAUUGUGGAAUUCAGUGGUCGCUUUUUUCAUUUGAUGUUUAUUCUGUUCCCAAGAUUAAUGAGCUACCUCCCAGGCCCUCACAAGGAGGCCUUGGCUUCUAUGGAGACGAUCCUUUCCUUUGCCAAGCAAGAAAUAGAGAAACACAAGGAAUUCAGCGCUCUGCAUGAGCCACAAGACUUCAUUGAUCACUACCUUCUACAGAUGGAGAAGAGCAAGAAUGACCCCAACUCUACCUACAAUGAAGAAAACUUGGUUCAGAGUAUUUCUGAUUUUUUUACUGGUGGAACAGAGACAACCUUCACUACUCUGAUGUGGGCUCUGCUCCUCUUGACCAAUCAUCCUGACAUCCAAGAGAAAGUCCAGAAGGAGAUUAAAGAUGUGUUUGACAUCUCACAGUCAAUUUCCUAUCAGGAUCGGAAGAAGCUGCCCUACACCAAUGCUGUGAUUCAUGAAAUACAGCGUCUAAAAUAUGUCUUGAUAACUGGGGCUCCCAGGCAAACUACAAAAGAUGUAAAGAUGAAGGAUUACCACAUUCCAAAAGGGACCAUUAUUAUCGCAGACUUGCGUUCUGUUCUCUUUGAUCCUGAACAAUGGGAGACACCUGAAGAAUUCAACCCAAAUCACUUUUUAGAUAAGGAUGGGAAGUUCAUAGAGAGAAAAGAGUUUCUGCCCUUCGGAAUGGGUCAGCGUGUAUGUGUGGGAGAGCAACUGGCAAGAAUUGAGAUCUUCAUCUUUCUGACCAGCCUGUUGAAGGCCUUCAGCUUCCAGUUGCCUGAAGGAGUGAAAGAACUCAAUGAAGCACCUGUUGUAAAAGUGACAAUGCAUCCACAGCCUUAUAAACUGUGUGCUAUUCCCACAAAGGCUUAAAGCUAAACACCACAAAAAAGCAUAACACUAAAUAUAGAAGAGCUGUUCAGUAUGAUAAAUGUUUCAUACAUAUACCAAUUCACUUAAUAUUGUGUUUUGCUUCUAUUUACUCAAUACUGAAACUUCUUCAACCUAUUGCUGGGUUCAUGCAACAUACCUAACAAGAUCAACCAAAGACUGGGAGGAUGUGUGUGAAAAAACCUAAGGUUAUCAUGCUUUAUCUUUGUUUCCUUUUGGGUGCCAAUAAAACAUAUUUCCUUUUA